ACCCCGGCGGAUGUGACGUCAGAGGCCCGUGUUUGAACCUGGUGCCGGGUUAUAGUGUUGGUUGUACCCUCCGGACACGAGUUCUCUCUUUACUCAGCGACCCGCGGGCGCCAUGGCCGCGGCAAGCGUAAGUCCGCUGGACCAGCACGGAGAAGGCGACCCCCUCCUCAUCGUAUUCUUGUUUGACCGCCGCUUAGAGCAGUCUACGUGCGAGGAGAAGAGCCUGGCUGUGCGCGGCGGCUUCGUGGAGCUCCGUCAUGACGUGUGUGAGGCCUUUGGGAUCAACUCAAAUGAGAAGUUUGUCAUUUCAACAACAAACAGAACAGAAGUAACUGUCACAGACUUUAAUCUGAUUAUAAAAGAUGGCAUCACGCUUUAUCUUCUCAAUGCAAUUGACCAACUGCUUCCUUCAUCAACUCAAGAGAGAAUUGAUUUCUUACCUCAUUAUGAUACCCUGGUCAAAAGUGGAAUGUAUGAAUACUAUGCUAGUGAAGGACAAAACCCAUUGCCUUUCGCUCUUGCAGAGUUGAUAGACAAUUCACUUUCAGCAACGGCUCAAAAUUCAGGCAAUCGAACUAUACAGAUAUACCUGCUUUUUGAUGAAACUCGAGGAAAGCCUGCCGUUGCUGUCAUAGAUAAUGGAAAAGGAAUGACUUCAGUGCAACUUAAAAACUGGGCAGUGUAUCGUUUGUCAAAGUUUACACGAGGAACUGGCAAUUACAGCGAUGAAGAAAGUUACAUCCGUCCCCCCCCAGUUAAGCGCAGUCUCAACAGUGAUAUUUCCUAUUUUGGAGUGGGAGGAAAACAAGCUGUUUUCUUUAUUGGCCAGUCUACUCGCAUUAUAACCAAGAGAUCAGAUUCACAAGAUGUUCACGAAUUUUUGAUUUCCAAAGAAGAUUUUGAGAAAAAAGAAAAAAAUAAGGAAUCUAUUUACAGUAGCUUUAUUAGAAACAGAAAGCCAGGCGAUUAUGUUCAUGUACAGGAAGAUGAACGUUACCUGCGCGAUCUCAUCAUGGAUGAAAAUGCUAAAGAUAGCUUCACAACAGUUCUCAUUACUGGUAUCCAGCCUGUCCAUAUACAGUACCUGAAGGAAAUUCGUCAUCUAUGGAUUAGGCAGUUGGCGCACAUCUACCAUUAUUACAUCCAUGGGCCUAAAGGAAAUGUGCUGAAUAAUUCCAGCAAUAAAUUUAACAGCCACAUUGACAUACAGAUCAACAUGUUUGAAAAAGGAAAAACAACAAAGACUAUUAACUUAAGAGAGAUCUGUGAUGACAUGCAGACACUGUAUAUUAACAGUGCUUCUGAGAUCUUUGAGUUCAAGGCUGUGGUUGAAAGUGAUGGUGUAAUAGAAGGAAUCAUAAGGUAUCAUCCUUUCUUAUACGACAAAGAAACAUAUCCAGAUGACCCAUACUUUCCCACAAAAAAUGAGGAUGAUGAAUUUGACGAUGACUGUAUACCACUGGAGAAUGAAGCUCGAGGGAAAAGGCCAAUCUUUGAAUGCUUUUGGAAUGGGAGACUUAUUCCUUAUACCACAAUUCAGCAUUUUGAUUGGUGCGCUGUCCCUAAAAAAAGAGGAAUUAUUCCAGUUGAGUGCUAUAAUAGGAUAUCUGGAGUGUUAUUUACAAAUGACAAAUUUGGAGUCAGCACAAAUAAACUGACUUUCUUAGAUUUGGGAUCUAAACUACAGGACAAAAACACACUUUUUACAAGGAUAUUAAAUGGACAGGAGCAGAGAGUAAAAAUUGAUCGCGAAUUUUUAACAUGGUUAAAAAAUUGUCAUGAAACAUAUGACAAACAAAUACAUUUUUUGGGCUUCAAAGGUAUCAUUUCUCGUCAGGACAUAGCUUCAAAACGCAUGCAAACUCCUUGGGCAGCAUAUACAUCCAUAGAAUGGGAUGGAAAGACCUACAAAGCUGGACAACUGGUAAAAACUCUCAAAACCCAGCCAAUAAUUUAUGGAAGGAUUUUAAAGUUUCUCCUUUAUGGAAAUCAUGAAGGGAAUAUUUAUUCUACAGGAGGAGAAGUUCUUAUUGCUUUGGAACCAAAAGAGGUGCAUGAUGAAACAAGAAGUGUGCCCAUUUCUAAACUUGAUCGCAGUGCAAAUCUGGCUGGUAUCAAGAAGUAUAUGGAUGAGGAAAUGGCACGAUUUCCUGACACUCUGGUAGUGACAUGGCCUGAAGGAGAUCCAGUGGUAGAAAACGAGGAGAGGUUUGCUGGAGCACCUAUAGGGGCAAUACGAGUUGAGAUCUUCAAUAAGAAGGGGGAGGCUGUGCAGAAGCUCCCGGGUGCAAGUCAUGGAGCUGCAAAGAAACUUUUGGUGGAACUAAAGGUUCUGUUGCAAUCACCAAGUGGGGAAAAAGACGUAAUUUCUCAUAUCAGUCAGCAUGGUGGAAAGUGGCCCUACUGGUUUAAAAAAAUGGAGAACAUAACCAAGCUUGGUGUGUAUACACUGAAACUACAAGUUGUAUUAAAUGAAAGUAAUGCUGACAAGUAUGCAGGAAAAACUCUUCCAUGUAAAAAGAUUACCUUUAAGAUUGUAGAGGGUAAACCUUUUAAAUUUGUUUUGGGUACUGUGGAUUCUACAAUUCGUGUUGGAAUUCCAUUCAAUAUCCCCUUAAAUCUCGAGGAUGAAUUUAGUCACCCAACGUUGCCCACACCAGAUCUCAAACCAGUCCUGGAAGCUAGUGGUCUUAUUCUGGAUUAUGAAGAGCUAAACAAAAUACAUCCUUUGGUAAUAAAGGGAGUGCGUGCCAAAGGGCAAGUGAACAACUACCAGGGCAUGAAUUUCAUGCUGAAAGUUACACUGCCUGGCUUAAAGGGAGAUACUCAAACCAUGAACUUGAAGGUGUUGCCAGGUCCACCCAAGCUCCUGAAUGUUAAGCCGAGUACUGAUAUUCUAAUUGACAAUGGAUCAGCUGUUACUUUUCAGGUUGAAGUGUUAGAUGAGGAAGGAAAUCUAACAUGUCAGCCAAAGCUAAUUGUACAGUGUAAGUUUACAGGGGCACCAAACCUCCCGACCUACACGCUGGAUUGCAGUAAUACAGGAAGCGGUGUUUUGACUGGACCUUCCAUCAGAGUUCAAAACAUAAAAAAGUUACAUUUACUGAAAGCCAAAAUUGAAGUAUCUAGUUGCAGAGAAAUAAAAACAGUGGAAAAAAAUAUUAAAGUUCAGCCAAGUAGUAAUAUUACAAAACUUUAUAUUUUAAGUGUUGAUGGUGAAAAGGCAAUUCAAAUUAAACACAAGGACGAGAUAGAGUGGAUUGCAGGUGAUACCAUGCAGAAUCUUAUUUUUCAAAUGUACGACGAAGGAGAUAGAGAAAUUUUCAUCACACCCACAAUUGCUGAAAGAAUAAAGGUGAACUGGACACCAAAUGUUUCUAAGGAGAAAUUAGUCAAUGGGCUUUUACCGGAUGUAGAGGUGUCAAAUUCAGUUAAUGAUGUUCGCUACUGCCAGGUCACCUAUCAUGAUGAUAAUGUUUCAUUGGAGAGUGCUUUCACAGUCAAGCCUCUCCCUGACGAGCCAAAAUAUUUGAAAUGCAAGUUAACUGGACCUAGUGUUAUAAAAAUGGGAGAAGAGCUGAAGGGUGAAGUUGAGUUGAUAUUGACAGACCAGUUUGGUAAUCAGGUCCGCACAUUAUCGCCCUCAUGCCUUGAUUCCCUAGGUAUUUCUGAAACUAGUCUUGACAAAAGUAAUAUAGAAAUGACUUUUCAGGAAAAUACACAGUCUUUUAUUGUCAAAGGAAUAAAAUUUUAUAAUGGUCCUCUAGAGGAAAAAGAGCUUUGCUUUGCGUGGAGACAUUUCUCAACUUAUUUAAGAUUGAGCUUGGUUGCUGGUCCUCCCGCUAAAAUUGCCCUGGUAGACUGGCCAGAGUCUGUUACAGUUGUCUGUGGUAAAAAGUUACAAAAGCCCCUGAUUGUCCAGCUUUGUGAUGAAUGGGGAAACCAAGCUCCGGAGCCAAAUGUUAAGGUCACAUUGGUGAAGGACAGCCAUCUCAAGAUAACUGGCCAAUCUCAACAGAUAAAAACAGAUAAAGAAGGUCGCAUGAAUAUGGGACUGCUUGCGUUUUAUGCACCAAAGGCUGUUUAUUCCUUGCAAUGUAAAGCAUCGUAUCACAAAAGUAUUCUGGAAAGUCAACCAGUCAAAGUUAAAGUAAUGCCAGACCCUGAUAAACCAGUCUUUGUUUCUGUUAAAUUUGAUAAAGAUGUAGAUUUUACAGCUGGAAGUGUUUUUCCAGGUAAACUUUGUGGUAAUGUUCUUUCUGAAGAUGGAGAAGUCAUUAAAAACCUCAGUCAAGCUAACUGCUCCAUGAAAAUAUGGAAAGCUCAUUCAAUGGGGGCAAAACCUCCAGCUACUGCAACUGUCUUUAAUUGCAAUAAGCCUAGAGAUGGGGACAAGGAUGACUGCUUCUACUUUAGGGACAAAAUGAUACCGGAGCGUGUUGAAAAGUAUUGCAUCCAGUUUAUGUAUAUGUCUGACAAAUCUAAUGUACUAUACAGUGAACAGUUCCUAAUAGAUGUUCUACCAAACACACCUGUGAAGUUGGUGCCACAGCCUCAGCCUGCUACACCUACAGUAUCCAAUGUAAAGGCAAAGGAGGGCCGCACUCUGGUCAAGAAUCUGUGGCUCAAGACUGUGGAUAAGCACAAUAAUAUGGCCGGUGCCAAUUUAAGUGGUAAAGUCAUUGCGAAGAUAAUUUGUUCUGAAAAGGGUGAGAAAGAGAUACCACUGUUCGAGUCUAAUACUGACACCAUGGAGUUUCCAUUUAAUAAUGGAUCUGCUGACAUCCCUGGGCUUGUUCUUGCUGAAAAUAGCCCUGGGAGAGACAGCACUGAAUAUCAAGUUCAGUUCUAUCUCGAGUUACAUCCAGUAGCACCAGUACCAGGGGAAAUUUCACCGUUUUAUCUUCCUUUUAUGUUUUACAAUGAUUUCAAAAAACAACAAGAGAUGGCACAGCUUACUAAAGAGAAGGACCAGCUGAGCAAGUCUGUUAAGGCUUAUAGAAGCCUGUUUGAUGCAACAAAUAUACUUCUCAGCGAAUAUAAGAGUCAAGCAAAUGAAGCCAAAGGGAAAGAAGUGUCCCUAAAGAAUGAAUUGAAGAAAAAAAAGAUCGACUUACCCAUGAAAGACCAGGAGAUGGACCACAUCGUUCAAAUUAUUAAACAAAAGCAGACACAGAUGCAAAGUCUACUGAAUCAGCCAAAGAGGAAAUGUUUGCUUCCCCCUGUUCCAAAAGACAGCGAUGUCAUAGGAAAGAUCGCCCAUUUGGCAUAUGUAGAAGAUGAUGAAGCAGCAAAAGUAAUCUCAUGGCAUUUAGCUAGUGAUAUGGACUGUGUGAUUACACAAACCACAGAUGCAGCUCGUCGUAUCUACAAUGAGACAAAAGGCCACCAACAGGUUCUUCCAAUGGACUCAAUAUAUCAGAAGAAUCUACCAACAUGGGGAAGGCCUUUGCCACACAUGGUUAAUGGAAAGAAACAAUUCAAUUCAACAGGAAAUCCAGUGUUCGCUAGAGAUCUCUUGGUAUUCCCUGACCGCAAAGAAGAGUGUCAAAAAGUUUUUGGAAUGCUGUUAGGAGAUACAAUACUUUUGGAUAAUCUAGAAGCUGCUAAUGAAUACAGAAAACGGCUGGUGUCCUUUUCAUACUGUCCAACACUAUUGACAAGAGAAGGAGAUCGAAUACGUAGCAAUGGAAAGUUUGGGGGCUUACAGAAUAAGGCCCCUUCACUAGACAAACUCAGAGGAACCGUUUUUGGAGCACCAUUACCUAAAGAAUAUGACAUACUUUCUUUGGAAAUUGAUUUGUUACAGCAGUAUUGUGCAGCAGUGAAAAGAUCACAGAGUGUAGAUAAAGAACUUAAGAAGCAGGUCCAACAUCUUAACUCACCAGAUAUGCAACAGAAGAAGAAGGAGUUGGAUGAACAGGAGAUACAGCUAAAGAAUAUUGAGAAAAAGCUGGUUGAUGCAGCAGCAGCAGCAUGUCCCAAAAAGCCACAGCGUAUCCAAGAAAAUGUGCAGAGGAAAUUAUCUGUCCGGAUCCUUGAUUUAUCUAUGUAUUGUUUAUUUCCCAAAAAAAUUGUUAAUCAAGUUUUUUUUUUAAUCUGCCUCUAUCUUGUUUGGCUGCAGUAGUGAUUAUAGAUUUCUUUAAAAAAAAAAACACUUAAAACAUCCAAUAUUGGGUGUUGAAAAUUUGGAAACCCUACAUGAAAAAUUAUACCUAAAGUGGAAGUCCAGGCUAAUACUAUCUUAGCUUAAACCUGCUACCACCUGUAUUCUAAGCCCUAUACUAACUAUCCUCUAAAGCAGGGGGUCUCCAAACUAUGGCCCUCCAGUUAUUCAGGAACUACAAUUCCCAUCAUGUCUGUGAAAGUCAGAGUUUUACAAUGCCUCAUGGGAAGUGUAGUUCUGCAACACCUGGAGGACCGUAGUUUGGAGAUCCGUGCUCUAAAGGAAAGAUGUGUAUACGCCGUUACUCUAUGGAUGCUGUGGUACAGUCACCUGAUUGGCUGCCAGCACCUGUUUAAGGUGAUAGGAGGGACAGUGGACAACAGAUGUCCAUAGUAAAUCUAUGGAUGAUUUCACUGUCCAGGCACUGCAGCCAUUGCUCUCUCCUCUUCAGCCAAUCGCUGGAGAGAUCACAUGACCAGACUGGAGUGCCCCUAGAUUAGGUAAGUAUAGACAUCUUUCCUUUACAUUAUACUUGGUAUAUGGCUUAGAUGGGAGUGGGAGCAGGUUUAAGCUUAGAUAGUAUUAGACCAGGCUUCCACUUUAACUCUUCAACCCUCAUCUAAAGAUUUUAUGCUUUUAAAGUACAACUCCAGUAAGUAGUGUCUAUACCUAAACUAUCCCUUUAACAAAAUCUUACUGCAGUUAAAAAAAAUAAAAAUGCAUACCUGUGAAAAUAUUGUUUUUUAUGAUUCCAUCAGACAAUGAAAUGCCCAAAAAAAAGGUCCAGUCUUUCUGUGUGGCUUUCCCUCCUCCUUUAAACAUCAUUGCAGACAGCCAUGCGUCAUACUAUAUGUAUGUAACCUGACAACACUUGAUUUUCUAGAGACUUGAAUCUGCACCUCCGCCACAUGAUGUAGAGCACCAAUAAGAAAAAAAAUGUUAUUAACCAGCUCCAGUCAGUUAUAUGUGUAUAGUGGUGGGGCAGGAGCUGGUUAAACUUAUUUUUUUUACUUCUUGGUGCUCUGCAUCAUAUACUUCAAUGUAUAGCACCAUCUUGGUAUGCUGUGAGGAAGGCUGUAUAAGCCAAAACGCUUUGCAUUUUUGAUGCUGCGUAAUUUUUUUAUGUAGUCAAUAAAAGGUCUUUAUCAAGAGUACACCAAAUGGUCGGCUUUAUACAGUAUAGCACUGUCCUGUGGCUGAGUUGCAGAUGCAAGUGCUGCUGAAGAUCUGCCCAAUGUAUCCUCCCUUUCAUUACAUGUAAAUCCAGCUUGCAGUGCUGUAGCCUGUUAAAUCUCUCUUGUCUUAUUGAUUGGCUUUGAGGGGAGAGAGAAUGUUUAGUACACUACUGGGUACUGUACUACACACUGGAGAGGUAAAAAAAUAUGUCACCAAUCACUGUUACUAGAGCAAGGCGGUGUCACUAUGGUGACGUGAAAACAAUAAGGGAAGGGAAAAACACAGUGAAAACCACCGUAAAGUAGUAGUAUUAGUAAAAGUGCUUUAUUAAGACAAAUUCAUACUUGUAUGGUAUGUGACAUGGCACAAAGGGGAUUGCCAAGCAGGGGAUAGAUAGACCAUACGCCAUCCACAAGCCCUGGCCAGGAGCAUGGAUGUAAACUGGGAAAACAGUUCCCAGAAGCCUGAACUGAUUCUGUGCUCGGCAAUGUAGAAAACUUGUUGGAAUCUAGCCGGAGCCUAGCUCCCCUGUAUGAUUUUACUCCUCAGAGUAUGCACAGUACAUGUUUCAAGGUGGCUACCUCUUCAUCAGCUGCCUACCUACUAGACUAUCCACAGAAGAUUACUGAAUGGUAAAGGAGCUGCCAGCCUAAUCACUCUACCACAGAUACGGCUAUUCCAAAAAUCAGUGCAUCAUGAUAAAGACAGACAUUCAAAAAAAGGCUCACUUAGGCUGACAUAAUGGUAAAUAAAUACAACACAGUAAAACAUAUAAUAUAAUAAUAAAGGGAUACACAAAAAAUGUUGUAUGUGUGUAGAAUAAUCUAAUAGAUAUCAAUGCAUAAAUAAUGAGUGAAUAUUUUCAAAAAAACAUUUAUGUAGCAUGAGAUCACAGUAAAUGCACACGAAACCUUGUGUAUGUAAACAUUUACAUGCACAAGAUUUGAUGUGUGUUUAUAUGCAUGUAAAAACUUUUUAUAUCUAUUGCUCAAGUUUUCUAGGAUUUAUUACUAAUUUUCCCAUUUUACAUAAAUGCCCCUGGCCAGGGCUUGUGAAUGGUGUAUGGUCUUUCUAGCUCCUGCUUGGCAAGCUCCACGUGUUCCAUGUCACAUACUCUGUGAGUAAGAAUUUGCCUUUAAAUACAGCAAUUUUAUUAAAGCUACUACACUAGGGUGGUUUGCUGUGUUUUCCCUUCCCUUAUUGUUUUCACUCAUUGUUUGUGUUCCCUCUUUGCAGCACAUAGCAGCAUCCUCGGCCUUGGUAUCAGUUUUUUAUGUCUAUUUCUGGGCUACCCACAUUUAAAUUUUUUUAUGAUUGAUAUUUGCUUCUUUUUUAUUUCCAUGUAUACAUCUGUUACUCUUCUUCCCUACCUGGUUUAUGUUCACUCUGGUGACAUUGUACUGCUCUGAUGGGAGACAGUUUGCCAUUGCAGUAUACAGUGUCUCUGAUCAUUGGCCAGAGCAAUAUAAUGUCACAAUAGUGGCAGUUCACUGCUCUGGUGACAGUGAUCCUUUUUUUUUUUUAUAAAAAAAAAAUGUAAGAUACAAUUAUAAAAAAAAAACGAAGGGCUUAUUCACACUUACAGUGCUCUCGGAACAAUCUUCAUUUAGAUUGCUCUUUAGAGUGCAUUAAACCAUUUUAAUUCCCUAAAUGCUGGACUACCGCACCACAGACGUGUGCAUUGUGCGCGGUUUCAGAACCGUUAAAGUCACUUGAAUGGUUUGCGCUCAGCAGGCAGUAGUGCCCGCCAAACACAACAGAAGGUAUAUUUUUCUCAGAAGCAGAAUGUUAUUAAAUAUGUACUAUUUUAUUAGGGAAAAAACUGGUAUAAGAUGCAAUAUCCAGAUACAAUUGUCUUAAUUUUUAAAGACGUAACUCUUAUUUUGCAUAUUUUUUAUGUUUCUGAAAAAAAAAA